UAAGAGGAACUUGAUUUACUUCCUAUAGAGUAUUUGAGCAAAGUUGAAGGAUUUCAGCUGAAGGGCUGAUUCUUCUUCAUGCCCAGACCAGAGCAGAGCGUCCCUGCAAUGAGGACCAGAGGCUCGAGCUGGUGGACCAUCACGGAUAAAACAGCAGCUUGUGAAUGUUUGAGUGCAGAAGGGAAGUCUGGGUGUGCUGAACAAGUUAAAACACAUCCAUUAUCAUUCACUUGUGACUAUCUACACCUGUUGGACUGGUUCUGACGUCACACAGUUUGAUUCUGGACUUGGACUCUGAAGAGAUUGGGGCGUGACGGCGUCCUCAGAUCAAAUGCACACUCACAACAGGACUGACAGGAAGACAUGAGCAGCUUCUUCUCUCCAGAGGUUCCUCCACACAUGAAGGUGAACGUGUCUGUAAACUGACCUGAGCUCAGUUCAGCAGGUGUGGACUCUGCUAUGCAUCAGUGGGAGGACAGAGAGGAGGGAGUCCCUCCCUCUAAAGCCACUCUGUGUGGGGAACAUGACAGCCAGACCAAAGCUCAGAGACCAGACCCUCCUGGACCUGGACCUGGACCUGGACCCAGCUGUGUGUCCAUGAAGAGUGACCGGUCUAUGGACUCUCCUCCUACUUUUAAAAGACAAUCCCCUCCAGAGACUCAACCAGACUCUCCUGGACCCGGACCUGGACCCAGCUGUGUGUCCAUGAAGAGUGACCAGUCUAUAGACUCUCCUCCUACUUUUAAAAGACAAUCCCCUCCAGAGACUCAGAUCCAUCAGCAGAGAGUUGACUCUCCUGGACCUGGACCUGGACCCAGUUGUGUGUCCAUGAAGAGUGACCAGUCUAUGGGAACCCCUGUAAAAUUCAAAGUUGGACUUCAGUCUGUUGAACUAAGUGCUGCAGUGUGCCAACAUGAACUCAAGUCUAACCUGAAGAAGAAGUUCCAGUGUGUGUUUGAGGGGAUCCCUAAAGCAGGGAACCCAACCCUCCUGAACCAGAUCUACACAGAGCUCUACAUCACAGAGGGAGGGAGUGCAGAGGUCAAUAAGGAGCACGAGGUCAGACAGAUUGAAACAGCAUCCAGGAAACCACACAGACCAGAAACACCCAUCAGACAAGAAGACCUCUUCAAAGCCUCGUCUGGAGGAGAGGAACCAAUCAGAACAGUGAUGACUAAGGGAGUGGCUGGCGUUGGGAAAACAGUCCUAACACAGAAGUUCACUCUGGACUGGGCUGAAGACAAAGCCAACCAGGACAUCCAGUUCACGUUUCCUUUCACGUUCAGAGAGCUGAAUGUGCUGAAAGAGAAGAAGUUCAGCUUGGUGGAACUCGUUCAUCACUUCUUCACUGAAACCAAAGAAGCAGCAAUCUGCAGGUUUGAAGAGUUCCCGGUUGUGUUCAUCUUUGACGGUCUGGAUGAGUGUCGACUUCCUCUGAACUUCCACAACAAUGAGGUCCUGACUGAUGUCACAGAGUCCACCUCAGUGGAUGUGCUGCUCACAAACCUCUUCAGGGGGAACCUGCUUCCCUCUGCUCGCCUCUGGAUAACCACACGACCUGCAGCAGCCAAUCAGAUCCCUCCUGACUGUGUUGGCUUGGUGACAGAGGUCAGAGGGUUCACUGACCCACAGAAGGAGGCCUACUUCAGGAAGAGGUUCAGAGAUGAGGAGCAGGCCAGCAGGAUCAUCUCCCACAUCAAGACCUCCCGAAGCCUCCACAUCAUGUGCCACAUCCCAGUCUUCUGCUGGAUCACGGCUACAGUUCUGGAGGACGUGUUGAAGACCACAGAAGGAGGAGAGCUGCCCAAGACCCUGACUGAGAUGUACAUCCACUUCCUGGUGGUUCAGUCCAAAGUGAAGAAGGUCAAGUUCGAUGGAGGAGCUGAAACGGAUCAACACUGGAGUCCAGAGACCAGGAAGAUGACGGAGUCUCUGGGAAAACUGGCUUUUGAUCAGCUGCAGAAAGGGAACCUGAUCUUCUACGAAUCCGACCUGACAGAGUGUGGCAUCGAUAUCAGAGCAGCCUCAGUGUACUCAGGAGUGUUCACACAGAUCUUCAGAGAGGAGAGAGGACUGUACCAGGAUCAGGUGUUCUGCUUCGUCCAUCUGAGUGUUCAGGAGUUUCUGGCUGCUCUUCAUGUCCAUCUGACCUUCAGCAAAUCUGGUGUCAACCUGCUGGCAGAAGAACAAACAACCUCCCGUUGGUCUAAAGUCUUUAGAGACAAACCUAAACUAAAACAUCUCUACCAGAGUGCUGUGGACAAGGCCUCACAGAGUCGAAAUGGACACCUGGACUUGUUCCUCCGCUUCCUCCUGGGUCUUUCCCUGGAGACCAAUCAGACCCUUCUGCGAGGUCUGCUGCGACAGACAGGAAGUAGCUCACUGACCAAUCAGAGAACAGCCCAGUACAUCAAGAGGAUGAUCAGUGAGAAUCAUUCUCCAGAGAAAAGCAUCAAUCUGUUCCACUGUCUGAAUGAACUGAAUGAUGGUUCUCUGGUGGAGGAGAUCCAACAGUCCCUGAGAUCAGGACGUCUCUCCAUCGAUAAACUGUCUCCUGCUCAGUGGUCAGCUCUGGUCUUCAUCUUACUGUCAUCAGGAAAAGAUCUGGAGGUGUUUGACCUGAAGAAAUACUCUGCUUCAGAGGAGGCUCUUCUGAGGCUGCUGCCGGUGGUCAAAGCCUCCAACAAAGCUGUGCUGAGUGGCUGUAAACUCUCAGAGAGAAGCUGUGGAGCUCUGUCCUCAGUCCUCAGCUCCCAGUCCUCUAGUCUGAAAGACCUGGACCUGAGUUACAACAAGCUGCAGGAUUCAGGAGUGAAGCUUCUUUCUGCUGGACUGGAGAGUCCACACUGUGCACUUGAACAUCUCAGUCUGUCAGGCUGUCAGAUCUCAGAUAAAGGCUGUUCUUCUCUGGUAUCAGCUCUGAAGUCAAACCCCUCCAGUCUGAGAAAACUGGAUCUGAGUGGAAACCAGCUGCAGGAUUCAGACUUGAAGCUGCUGAGUGGUUUUCUGGAGAGUCCACAUUGUAGUCUGGAGACUCUGAGUCUGUCAGGCUGUCAGAUCUCAGAUGAAGGCUGUUCUUCUCUGGGAUCAGCUCUGAAGUCAAACCCCUCCAGUCUGAGAAAACUGGAUCUGAGUGGAAACCAGCUGCAGGAUUCAGGAGUGAAGCUGCUGAGUGGUUUUCUGGAGAGUCCACAUUGUAGUCUGGAGACUCUGAGUCUGUCAUGGUGUAAGAUCUCAGUUGAAGGCUGUUCUUCUCUGGGAUCAGCUCUGAAGUCAAACCCCUCCAGUCUGAGAGAACUGGAUCUGAGUAGAAACCAGCUGAAGGAUUCAGGAGUGAAGCUGCUGAGUGGUUUUCUGGAGAGUCCACAUUGUAGUCUGGAGACUCUGAGUCUGUCAGGCUGUCAGAUCUCAGAUGAAGGCUGUUCUUCUCUGGGAUCAGCUCUGAAGUCAAACCCCUCCAGUCUGAGAAAACUGGAUCUGAGUGGAAACCAGCUGAAGGAUUCAGACUUGAAGCUGCUGAGUGGUUUUCUGGAGAGUCCACAUUGUAGUCUGGAGACUCUGAGUCUGUCACGCUGUCAGAUCUCAGAUGAAGGCUGUUCUUCUCUGGGAUCAGCUCUGAAGUCAAACCCCUCCAGUCUGAGAAAACUGGAUCUGAGUAGAAACCAGCUGCAGGAUUCAGGAGUGAAGCUGCUGAGUGGUUUUCUGGAGAGUCCACAUUGUAGUCUGGAGACUCUGAGUCUGUCACGCUGUCAGAUCUCAGAUGAAGGCUGUUCUUCUCUGGGAUCAGCUCUGAAGUCAAACCCCUCCAGUCUGAGAGAACUGGAUCUGAGUGGAAACCAGCUGCAGGAUUCAGGAGUGAAGCUGCUGAGUGGUUUUCUGGAGAGUCCACAUUGUAGUCUGGAGACUCUGAGAGACGUGAGGUUCAUGGCUGGUGAGGCAGAUUUACAAACAUCAUUCCGAUAGAGGAGCUAAACCACCAUUCAAUCAGCAGCU